AUGGGCAACAACCCCAGUACUAUCGGUAGCAGCAGCGGUAGUAGUAGUAGUGGAAGCGGAGGACCUGUUAGACCAACUCCGGAUGAUUAUGACAAAAGAAGACUUACCAAUUUGUACAAUACUCCUGUGGAGAGCGCACAGGUCUUUAAAAGAAAGUUGCUCACCGGAGGCUCUCUCCCUUUCGUUUAUCACGAAGGUAUCUGCGUUACCACUAAAGCCGGAGAGCAGUAUCUAGUUCAUAGCACUGAUGCAAGUGGAGCUCAGGUCAUUACUGAGGCAAGACACAUGUCUAAUAAUUGGGAGUCUGUUGGGGAAGUUCUCGUCCCAAGAGGCAAUCAAACUGUUGGUGACCUCAUGAAAACUGCUAGACAAGAUGGAGGAUACAAUCUGUUAACCAAUAACUGUUGGAAUACUGUGAGCAAAAUCAAAAAAUCACAUUUUUGA